UCCUCUAUGCUCUAGGCCCGAGCACCGCGUAACCCCAAAAGACUUUUGUUCGGCGCAAGAAUCACCGGACGAGAGAGAGAUCGAGGGGGGAGCGAGAGAGAAAGAGAGCGGGACAGAUGGAGGAGAUCAUAGUGGGCGUCCUCUGUAUGCUUCUCGUGUUCGCUCUCUUUCCUCUUCUUUGGUGGAGGCGCCGCCUCAUCGCUCGAUCCCCUCACGAGCACGAUGAAGAACCCCAACGCCAACAGGUAGAAAGAGUAGUUCACCCUGCUAGGACUCGUCGCAUGCAUCGGAGGCCAGCCGCUGCAAGUUCAUCUGCUGCCUCAACAAGUGCAGAAGCUCUUGUUGAAAGUGAUGAGGAGGUGGCUGAGGGUGAUUAUUAUGUUGCUAAAGCAUCUAAGAAAAAGGAAAAGAAAAAACAAGAGCGUGAAGCACAAAGACAGGCUGAGGAAGCAGCACAUGAAUUAAGAACGACAAAGCAAGAUCGCUAUGCAGAAAUGCGUAGGAAGAAGGAUGAGGAGCGUGAAGCACAAGAACGUUUGAUGGAGGAAGAAGCUAGGGCUCGGCAAGCCAAGGAGGAAGAAGCUGCGGCUCUAGAUUUUGAGAAAUGGAAAGGAGAAUUUUCAGUUGAUGCUGAGGGUACAACAGAAAAUGAACUGCAAGAUGAGAACCAAGGUCAACUCUUUAAUUUUGUGGAAUACAUCAAGAAACAGAAAUGUGUCCCAUUGGAAGACCUUGCAGCAGAAUUCAAGCUGCGCACUCAGGACUGCAUCAAUCGAAUAAUAUCACUGGAGAAUAUGGGGAGAUUAUCUGGUGUCAUGGAUGAUCGUGGCAAGUAUAUAUACAUCUCACCUGAGGAAAUGAAGGCAGUUGCAGAUUACAUCAAACGGCAAGGAAGAGUCAGCAUUUCACAUCUUGCCAGCAAAUCCAACCAGUUCAUUGAUUUGGAGCCAAAGCCACAGUUUGAUGAACAAAAUUCAGAUGGGAUUGCUGUUGCAUAGGCCUUGUCUAAAUAUAUGUGACUAUCCGUAUGUUGGCUUCUGUCACCUCUAUGCUUUUUCGUUACCAUGAUGUAUAUACCGCACUCACAACAGGUUUUUCAACUUUUUCCUUAAAUACAGUAGCCUAACCCUCCCCCUGUAUGUUAUUAUUAUUAUUAUAUUUUUCCCCCCCGUUGUUUGGGCUUGGGGUAUUGGGAUAAAACACCCUGUA